CUGAGGGGCAUAAUUAUCAUUCAGGACUUCCGUGGCGAAUUCUCAAUCUACCUUGAACUGCGCAGCACUGCCAGUAAGAAGCAAGUCCCAGAAAGCUGUGUGAAACAAGGAGCCGAUGGAUGCGGCGGCUUCGGAUCCUGCCUCUACUGUAACGCGUGCAAAACAUUCAGCGAGAACGUUGGUGUACAUGCACAACUUCUUCUAGAUGGAAGCCCCAUCAAGUGUUCGGAUGGUCUGAGCAAGGGAACCUACAAUAAUCUGAAGUUAGCGUUCUGCUUACCACCACUCGAAGACAUACUGCGUACUCAAGGACUCACCAAGGAGACAUUCCUGCAACUGGUCAGAAGUGAUGAUUCUUCAUCGGUCAGAUCAAUGGGUAUCUUUGCAACGGUAUAUAUCUUCGACACGGACGUCAGCAAACAGAUGCAGACGCAGGCUCGUAUUGAGAGUGUCUACCGUAAAUCAAAGAAGAGCUUCUUCAAGGAUGAACCACUACCCGCCGAUGUGUACUGGAGCCUGCCUUUCAAUAUGAUGAUCAAGAACCAGCAAGUGUACGUCGCUUGCCACAAAAUCUAUGGAAAUCUGAAAAUCAAUCAGAAUUAA